CGCGCAGCUGGCGAAGAUGCCCUUGGAACUAACCCAGAGCCGGGUGCAGAAGAUCUGGAUCCCGGUGGACCACCGGCCCUCGCUGCCCAGAUCCUGCGGGCCCAAGCUGACCAACUCGCCUACGGUCAUCGUCAUGGUGGGCCUCCCAGCACGCGGCAAGACCUACAUCUCCAAGAAGCUCACACGCUACCUCAACUGGAUCGGGGUCCCCACGAAAGUGUUCAACGUGGGCGAGUACCGCCGUGAGGCUGUUAGACACUUCAGCUCCUACGACUUCUUCCGGCCUGACAACGAGGAGGCCAUGAGAGUGCGCAAGCAGUGUGCUCUCGCCGCGCUGAGAGAUGUGAGGACCUACCUGACGCAGGAGGGGGGCCAGAUUGCAGUGUUUGAUGCCACCAACACGACCAGGGACAGGCGACAAAUGAUCCUUCACUUUGCCAAAGAAAAUGAUUUCAAGGUGUUCUUCAUCGAGUCUGUGUGUGAUGACCCCACCGUAGUGGCCUCCAACAUCAUGGAAGUGAAGCUGUCCAGCCCCGAUUACCGGGACUGCAACUCAGCAGAGGCCAUGGAUGACUUCAUGAAGAGGAUCAGCUGCUACGAGGCCAGCUACCAGCCCCUGGACCCUGACAAGCAUGACAGGGAACUAUCCUUCAUCAAGGUGAUUGAUGUCGGCCGGCGGUUCCUGGUGAACCGGGUCCAGGAUCAUAUCCAGAGCCGCAUUGUGUACUACCUGAUGAACAUCCACGUGCAGCCCCGUACCAUCUACCUGUGCCGGCACGGCGAGAGUGAGCACAACCUCCAGGGCAAGAUUGGGGGAGACUCGGGCCUAUCCAGCAGGGGCCGCAAGUUUGCUGGCGCACUGAGCAAAUUUGUGGAGGAGCAGAACUUGAAGGAUCUGAAGGUGUGGACGAGCCAGCUGAAGAGCACCAUCCAGACGGCGGAGGCCCUGCAGCUGCCCUAUGAGCAGUGGAAGGCGCUCAACGAGAUCGACGCGGGCGUCUGCGAGGAGAUGACCUAUGAGGAGAUCCAGGCCACGUACCCUGAGGAGUACGCGCUGCGGGAGCAGGACAAGUACUACUACCGCUACCCGACGGGCGAGUCCUACCAGGACCUGGUGCAGCGGCUGGAACCCGUCAUCAUGGAGCUCGAGCGGCGGGAGAAUGUGCUGGUCAUCUGCCACCAGGCCGUGCUGCGCUGCCUCCUGGCCUACUUCUUGGACAAGAGUGCAGAGGAGAUGCCUUUCCUGAAGUGUCCCCUUCACACUGUCCUCAAACUGACCCCCGUUGCCUAUGGCUGCCGUGUCGAGUCCGUCUACCUGAAUGUGGGGUCGGUGAGCACCCACAGGGACAGGCCUGAGGAUGCAAAGAAGGGGCCUAACCCACUGAUGAGGCGCAAUAGUGUCACCCCGCUAGCCAGCCCCGAGCCCACCAAAAAGCCUCGCAUCGACAGCAUGGGGGAGCCUGCGGCUUCUGCCUCGGCUGCCCUGCCUGCCUGCCUGUCCCCGGAGGCGCCCACGCAGCUGCCUGGCCACCCCUUGCUAGGGAAGGCCUGCCUGCGAACUGUCUGUCACUUUUUCUCAAAGUUCUCUCCUUACUGAGAGGGACAGAACCUGCAGGACGUCCAGAGCAGUGGCCCUUCCUGGCCCCGCUGAGCGGCCACCGCCCGGCCCGGCCCGUCUCUGCAGCUUCGCUACAGCCCCUCCGCCCCACGCCCACCCUUGCUCCUGAGCUGAGGGCUG